AUGACAACCAACGAGCCAUUUUACCUGCGUUACUACUCUGGUCACCAAGGCCGAUUCGGACACGAGUUCUUGGAGUUCGAUUUUCGAGUGCUCGGAGACGGUCGCAGCGCAUCUGCCCGUUAUGCCAACAACUCAAACUACCGCAAUGAUUCACUCAUCCGGAAAGAGAUGUGCGUCAGCGAUGCUUUGGUAGCCGAGAUCAAGAAGAUUGUCAAGGACAGUGAGAUCCUCAAGGAAGAUGACACAAAGUGGCCCCAGAAGAACAAGGACGGCCGUCAAGAGUUGGAAAUCCGGUUAGGCAGCGAGCACAUCUCCUUUGAGACUGCGAAAAUUGGCUCGCUCCAGGACGUACAAGACUCGUCAGACCCAGAAGGCCUUCGCGUCUUCUACUACCUCGUACAGGACCUCAAGGCACUCGUCUUUUCUUUAAUAUCUCUGCACUUCAAGAUCAAGCCUAUCUAA